AUGAACUCUCGUCUCAAUGGCUCUGCUCGUCUCAUGCUAGUCUCAGAUCUUGAUUACACCAUGGUGGAUCAUGAUGAGCCUGAAAAUCUCUCUCUUCUGAGGUUCAACGCGCUGUGGGAAGCAAAUUACCGCCAUGAUUCUCUGCUGGUAUUUUCAACCGGAAGAUCACCAAUCACUUACAAACCAUUGAGGAAUGAGAAACCAUUGCUAACGCCUGAUAUAACAAUCAUGUCUGUGGGAACUGAGAUUAUGUAUGGUUAUGGUGAGGCUAUGGUUCCUGAUGAUGGGUGGAAGCAACAUCUGAAUCACAAGUGGGAUAGAGACAUUGUUGUUGAGGAAACUAAUAAAUUUCCUCAACUUACUCCUCAGGAAGAGGGAGAGCAACGACCGCACAAGGUUAGCUUUUAUGUAGAGAAGGUUGUGGCAUUGGAGAUAAUGAAUGUUUUAUCACAACGGUUGGAGAAACGUGGGUUAGAUGUGAAGAUAAUUUAUAGCAGUGGGAUUGCUUUGGACGUUUUACCAAAAGGGGCGGGCAAAGGGCAAGCUCUUGCAUAUUUGUUGAAGAAAUUCAAACUUGAGGGGAAGCUUCCCUACAACACUCUGGUUUGUGGUGACUCUGGAAAUGAUGCCGAACUAUUCAGUCUUCCUGAAGUGUAUGGUGUGAUGGUCAGUAAUGCAAAAGAAGAAUUGUUGCAGUGGUAUGCAGAAAAUGCACACAGAAAUCCCAAUAUACUUCAUGCAACAGAGAGAUGUGCAGCUGGGAUAAUACAAGCCAUUGGAAAUUUUCAUCUGGGUCCAAAUGUAUCUCCAAGAGAUUUCAAAGAUUUCCAAAAGUGCAAAGUGAAGAAUUUUAGUCCUGCACAUGAGGUUGUAAAGUUCUAUUUGUUUUAUGAGAGAUGGCGGCGUGCAGAAGUGGAGAAAUCUGAGCAGUAUUUUCAAAACUUGAAAUCAGUCUUUCACCCGUCGGCUAUCUUUGUCCAUCCCUUGGGAGUUGAGCUACUUAUCCACCAGUGCAUGGAUGCAAUGGCAAAGUCGUAUGGAGAUAAGCAGGGAAAACAGUUUUGGACAUGGGUGGAUCGAUUAUCCUCGGCUCAAAUUGGCUCAGACACAUGGCUUGUGAAGUUUGAUAAGUGGGAAUUGAAUGAUGAUGAGCGGCAAUGCUCUCUGACUACAGUCCUGAUGAGUUCAAAGUCAGAGGUACCGGAUGCUUAUACUUGGCUGCACAUGCAUCAAACAUGGUUCGAUGGUGUAGAACUUAAAGAACCGGAAAGAUGGGGUGCAGCUAGAGCUUGCCCCUAG